ACAGCAACAGCCAUAGCAAUUGAAUGUGGAAUACUAAAUCCCGAUGACGACGCUACGAACAGCGAAGUAGUUGUCGAGGGCGUAAAAUUUAGAAACUACACACCUGAGGAGAGGCUCGAAAAGAUUGGGACCAUCCGAGUGAUGGCUAGAUCUUCCCCAUUUGACAAGCUUCUAAUGGUACAAUGCUUGAAGAAUCAAGGCCAUGUAGUGGCAGUCACCGGGGAUGGAACAAAUGAUGCCCCAGCUCUUCACGAGGCUGACAUUGGCCUUUCCAUGGGAAUUCAAGGAACAGAAGUGGCAAAGGAGAGCUCCGACAUCGUCAUCUUAGACGAUAACUUUACGUCGGUUGUCACCGUCUUGAAAUGGGGAAGAUGUGUUUACAACAACAUUCAAAAGUUCAUUCAAUUUCAGCUCACUGUGAACAUUGCAGCAUUAGUCAUCAACUUCAUCGCCGCUGUCUCGUCUGGUAAAGUCCCGCUAACAGCGGUACAGCUACUAUGGGUGAAUCUCAUCAUGGACACCAUGGGAGCUUUAGCCUUAGCUACUGAGCUACCCACCAACGAUCUCAUGACGAAAACGCCAGUCGGUCGAUCCAAUCCAUUAGUAACGAAAAUCAUGUGGAGGAAUCUCAUAACUCAGGCUGUGUAUCAAGUGACAGUCUUGCUGGUUUUGGAAUUUAAAGGAAGUUCCAUCUUCAAUGUCAAUGAGAAGGUUAAGAGCACACUGAUCUUCAACACUUUUGUUCUAUGCCAAAUCUUCAAUGAGUUCAAUGCAAGGAAGCUGGAGAAGAAGAACAUAUUUGAAGGGCUACACAAAAGCAAGCUGUUUUUGGCAAUAAUUGUGAUAACCUUAGCUUUUCAAGUGGUAAUGGUUGAGGUUUUGGGAAGGUUUGCCAAUACAUCGAGGUUGAAUUGGGGCCAGUGGGGGGCAUGUCUUGGCAUAGCAGCUUUGUCUUGGCCAAUUGGAUGGCUAUCCAAGUUGAUACCAGUUUCAGCCCUG